AUGUCUUACAACAAGGCCGAGAAGGACUUCGGUGAGGGUCCCAAGAUCCACAAGAUCCGAAUCACCCUCACCUCUCGCAACGUCAAGUCCCUCGAGAAGGUCUGCCAGGAGCUCAUCGACCGUGCCAAGAACAAGGAGCUCCGCGUCAAGGGUCCUGUCCGUCUGCCCACCAAGCACCUCAAGAUCACCACCCGCAAGACCCCUUGCGGUGAGGGUUCCAAGACCUGGGACACCUACGAGAUGCGCAUCCACAAGCGUCUCAUUGACCUCCACGCCCCCACCGAGGUCGUCAAGCAGAUCAUCAUCAACAUCGAGGCCGGUGUCGAGGUUGAGGUCACCAUCGCUGCUUAA